ACAUGGUUGUAGUAGACCGAGAACAAGAUGUUGGUGUAGUAACACUGCAGUUAUUUAGGCUAUACACUCUACGUAAACUUGGUCGCCAUUUCAAACCAGUCAUACCCUUUGGUCCCCACCUCUUCGGAAGUGGAAAGACAAAAUUCGUACAAAGUUACUUGGAACUGGUGAAUAAUAUGGGUGAAAGUGCACUGAUAGGUCUCGAUUACGUUGGUGAGUCUGAGAAGGCCAACCGAAGAGGUUUCCUGGAGAAGCUGAAAAGGGCUUCAUUGCUCUUUGUGGAUUUGAAGGAGUUGGAGCCCACAGAACCGAAAGAACGCAACCUAAAGUGGGCAGUCUACUAUUUGUUAAUAAAGGUUGCUUGUCUGCAAUCAGGUCUUCCGCAACCAGACCCGGACGAAUGUUUCAAGGAACUGAAACUUAGGACUGAUGCUUUGGUUCAGAAAAUCCGUUCAAUCUUAAACAUUCCUUCGGAUCAAUAUCUUUUGUUGGCAUUUGACGAAGUUGGUGUCCUUGACGAAAGUCUCGACGAAUUUCAUUUCAAGAGAACCAAUGACGGUAGAGUUCGACCUUACAACGACUUUUUCGGUAUCAUUAGUCAAUUGUGCAAAGAACCCGACUUGUUUUUUAUAGUUGUUGGGAAAAGUGAAGGCUUAAAUAUAUAUAAUUACGUAGCUUCAGUCUCAAGAGUUCAGUUAGUGUUUAUUCCUCUUUCGCCGCUUGAGAAACAUAGUAUCGUGGAACAUUUGGAGAAAAGUUCUUCCUUUUUAUUCCCUGGGAGCCCAAAGGUUUCAGAAAUUCUUUGUCACGAAGACUUCUCAACUAGUGAACUUGCAGAGUUGUUGUUGGAAUUGACUGGUGGUGUUCCUGGUUUACUUGUUCGAGCAAUCAGUUACCUUCUGCUGUAUAAAUCAUCCAUCAACAAUUUCUCAUUAUCUAAGGAAACCUUCUUGAUCAUAAUGAAUAGCUUUCUAGUAACAAAUUAUUGUGUUGCGCCAUUCUUACCUCGUCUGAUAAGUCUCAGUGAGCAGCGUAAGUGCUUGUUAAGAAUGCUUACGUUAUUAUCUUUGUAUCGUAUUCGAUUUGAUUUUGAUGAAACUGUGCAAAUGAGCUCAAAUUCUGAUGUGUUUUUGUUUGAUCUAGUUACAGAUAUGUGUCUCUAUCGUCGAUUGGUUAUAGACCCAGACCACAACGAACGCUAUGAAGUGUUGAUUCCGAAGUUACUUAUUGAAUAUAUUGACCAAGGCUUAAAGGAUGAUCGUUUAGAAUGGUUACUUUUAGAAACUCUCAAGUCUCAAUCUGUUGAAUUCUUUUAUGAGUCGAAAUGUCGAAUUUUUGAAGGUCUUAUUGCUACACUGUUUUAUUUACAUUUUUCUCGGCAUCCUACAAACAGCUCAAUGUUUUCUACUCUUGGUCAAUUGUCUCGUGUUUGGAAUGAAAUGAAUUUCCAAUUUUCUUCCGAAUCUGCUGCUUAUUAUAUGAAAUCUAUACAUUAUACCAGAGCUGUAUCAGGAAUGGAGAGAAUGACAUUUGGAAGCAAUGAAUGGGAAAGGAUAGUGGAAGAAAUGUUAGAAUUUGGAAAGAUAUAUAUUCCAUUUCAUUCAACAUCCCAUAGUCCAGAUAUAUUAUUCAAGUUGCAUGGAAGAACGAAUGAGAAGAACUUGAUGGUGGGUAUUGCUUGUAAAGGCCGAUGGAGUCGUAAUGGUAUUCGAUGGAAUGAAAUUUUGGAAGAAGCUCACAAGUUUUUGAAACCGGUUCAUGAUCAAGUAUUGACUAGUCAUUCUACAUGGCAUUGUAUGUUGAUUAUUAUGAGUACUCAGUUAGCAACCAACGUAUCUGAGGACUUGAAUCAUUCUAGUCGUUGUUAUUCUUUUGGCGAUAGUGUUGGAGAUUUCGUGAUUCCUCACAACUGUGAAUUGGUUAUUCUUUCUGAAGCCGAUGUAGAAAACUUUAUUGGCAAAGACAUUUUAUCGAAUUUAAGGAACGCUUUCAAGUCUGUGGAUAAUCCACAUUCGAGAAAUAUUGGCAUUUCAACCCUACAAGAAAUAGUUUUAUCUCUUUCCAAAAAUAUUUAAGAAUAUAUCGUUAUUGUUCUUUAAUGAAUAUCAAUUGAGUCUU